UUAUCUAUUUUCAGUUAUUGGAUCGAAUAAAUUGAAACAAAGUAAUGAUAAAAAGUUUAAUAAAAGCGUAUGAAAAAUAAAAAUAAGUAUAUGAAUAACAUUAUUUUUCCAAAAAAAAUUUAUGAAAAACAAAAACUAAUAAAAAAAAUUCAUGACAGAAUAAUUUUUUGAACCGUCAGUUAACAGUUUUUAAAGAAAGAAUCACAGCAUAAUAUUUCAUGUGCCGUUUAUGAAAAUGAGUAUUUUUGCUCGUCACACUAAACUUUGAUGUGUAUUUAUUAUACAUCUAAUUAAGUGUCACGUAUAAUUUCAUUUGAUUAUGGUUACUUUUUUUAAAAAUUAAAAAAUUAACACUUAAUUUGAAAGUUAACGAGUUAAGUAAAAAAAACACAUGGCACAUAAUAAUAUAUUAUGAACAUACAUCGUAGUUAUGAUGGUGAGUAAAAAUGUUUCUUUUAUGAAAAUUUUGAUUGAUUGAGAAUAAAGAUAUCUUGUGGUCAAUGGGACAUUCUCAUCUGAUAAUAACAUGGAGAGAGUGACAAGUGUCACCCUCCUGUAGACUCCAACACGCCUUCUCUUUCACCCCCAAACCCCCAUAGUUUCUCACUCAUCACUCACUGAAACCUUCACCUUCUCUUUCUCACUCUCCCUCCUCAUCAAUCACUUCAUUUACUUCACAAAACUCUCUCUCUCUCUCUCUCUCUAGAAAACGACCAAAAGAACAAUCUUGUAGGCACAUCGAACAGCACUACAUCCCAAAGGCCAAAGAGCCCCCUUUUCUUCUCCCCCCAUUUUUUCAAUUAACCAAAAAAAAAAAAACACAGAGAAAUCCGGAAAGUUCGAGUCUUUGCUGAGAGAAACUCAAAUCCCAGCAUAUAAAAUUGGAUUUUAGGGUAAAAAAAGGAAAAUAAAAAUUGGGAUUCGAUGGCGGAGAUUCAACCGCAGCCGGUGAGUCAGAUCAACGGCGGAGGGCAGUUCUUGAUGGGUUCAUCCGAGACGGUAGGAUCGAAACGACAGCGGAGGCCCAGCGUCCGAUUGGGUGACAUCGGAGGAGACCAGCCGUACGAUUCGCAGGUCCGCCGCGCCACCAAGCAGUGGAAGUUCCCGCCGGACCACCGCAAAGACGCCAACAAGUCCUCAAAGAUUCGACCUUUAACGAAUUUGAGCUCCGUUGGGGAGUUCCAUGAAACCCUAGACGGCGAAGACAGAGAGGGCAAUCUUGAUAGUGUUGCCAUUGGGAGCUGGAAGGUCAAGGACGCCAAGAAACGGGCUUCGAACGUCACCAAACGGGUCAGAUCCAAUUGGGUAUCUUCCAAGAUUGACGAAGGUGGCGGUGGCGGCGGUGAAGGGGACGAGAAAUUCAGUGGAGCAGAGGACGUUGAUGAAGGGUAUCAUCGGGAUUUCGAUGUCGAAAACUCGGAAAGUCCGUUGAAAGAGCAGAGCCCAAUUCUUAGUUCAGAGAAUUUGGGCGUGGAUGGGCGUGCCAAUGGAAGGGAGCUGCUUUACCAUGGAAGUAGAAGACCCAUUAGGACUAGGAUUUCGGAGGGUAGGGACAACCAUGAUGGUAUUGAGCAAUCUGGGCCGCCGGAUACUGAUGCCAGGGAUUGGAAUUGCAGAGGGACAAGUGGGGAUAGAGAUGAGAAUGAAGGAAGAGAGAGGUGUGGGGAAGAUGGGGUUAGGGUUUGGCUCAAUGGGUUAGGGUUAGGGCGGUAUGCGCCGGUGUUUGAAAUUCAUGAGGUGGAUGAUGAGGUAUUGCCCAUGUUAACAUUGGAGGACCUCAAGGAUAUGGGGAUAAGUGCAGUUGGGUCCAGGAGGAAAAUGUAUUGUGCAAUUCAGAAGCUUGGGAAGGGAUUUUCUUGACUUUUGCUUUUGUGACUGUUGGCAAAUAAAACACCGAAAUCGAAAAAAAAAUCCCCAGCCAUGUCAAUGGAAAGUUGAGCCUGCAAGACACCUAUUUGUACGCGCAUGAAUUUUUGCUGGAUUGUAAGAGCAAGUCCACCGGGAGUGGAAUGCCCGGCACCCAAAACAGGCCAUCCGCCAGCCAAAUCACUCCACCCCAGCCUAAUAGGCUGACACCCAGCCCAAGCCAGGCAAGAGACCGGCCCAAAAUCGAUAGACCCAACAGCUGUACCUUCUGAUGUCAGGCUUACGUCAGCCUAACGUCAAAGCCCACUAUGAUCGCAACUAAAUCGUUCGAGUGUGCAUCAUUGGGCAGAGUUGUCAUCAUGGGCACGUAGAUCUGACCUGCGAAGACAGAGGGUGCCUAAGAACGGUCUGAUUUAAGAGCAACAGUAAGUGGCGCCACCUACAGAAUGAAGUGAAGUGGUGGCGGGGAUGGAAGCAGUAAGUGGCGCCACCUACACAAUGAAGUUAAGUGGUGGCGGGGAUGGAAGCAGCGGUGGCGUUGUGGUGGAGUUAGGGCUUGAAUGGAUCUCAAUGGCAAGGACGGAACCCAUAUAGAAGGGAGAAAGAAAGAGCAACCCAGUCCCCAUACAACCAGUGAUACCAAGUGAUGGAACCCAUUCAGAAAGUCGAAGGAAAAGGGCAAAUGCAAAGAAAUUAAGAAAGUAAACAAUUAAUAAUAUUUUUUUAUAAAGUCAGAAAUUAAAAAUAAUUUUUUUAUUAUUAUUUAAUAACAAAAAAUAAUAAUAAUAGAUCUGUUGAGCAGCUGGAGGUGAAAGCGAAAAUGAUGCGAGUGCGAGGACAUAAGAAGCGAAAACUAGGUUAACAAAAAUGAACAAGAGUACCAACCUCGGAUGCAGCUAUAUAACCAUCUGCAGUGUCGACGCCUAAUAAUUCACAGACAUCUCUUCCCAUUUUUCCAACUGCUCCGAUGCUGAGAGCCUCAUCCCAGUAAACAUAUGCCUGCAACAAACACCAAGGAGAGAGCAAUGGUUGCAACAAGCUCUGGAAGGUUGCAGAGAUCGCCUUCCGUACUGUAUAUUCCCUCUACAACAACGAUUAUCUUCUUCCACGCCUGUGUGUUAUAGAUUGCCCCUCAACUAUUUGCUCUCUCAAAAUCUUCUCCAAGUGCCAAGGCGCUAAAGCAAUCAGGAAAUAGGAGAGCCAAAUAAGUAAAGAGAGCUUCGGAUUCAAUCGCGCUCGCGACAUCAGAGCAGUAUAAAACUUACAAUCACGCUCGAAAUGUUCAACUUCCGCUCCUGAGCCUCAGGCAUUACCCCCAUCGACACGACUGCUACAAGUACUCACGGAAAACUUUUCCGAUGACUGGAUCCCACGAGACGUGCAGUACUCAUCCGACGCAGCAAAGCCUAAAUAAUUAUACGAUCCCAAAUUGAGAAACAUACGUUUCUUUGCUGUUCGUCUGCAUCAAGUACAUUUCGAAUGAUUAAUCUGCGAAAAAUGGCAGGAAACAAAGAAAGUUGUUUUAAAAUUA